AUGUUUCUAUCUAUCUAUCUAUCUAUCUAUCUAUCUAUCUAUCUAUCUAAUUCCUUUAUAUAUUUGUCUGUUCCUAUCUAUCUAUCUAUCUAUCUAUCUAUCUAUCUAUCUCAGUCUAUCUAUCUAUCUAUCUAUGUCUGUUCAUUAUCUAUCUAUCUAUCUAUCUAUCUAUCUAAACACAAUCAUACUUAUUCAUAUGAGCCUCAUCACACCUACCUAUCGCAAUCUGUUCUGAUCUAUCUAUCUAUCUAUCUAUCUAUCUAUCUAUCUAUCUAUCUGAAUCUUCAGUACGGAUCUAUCUAUCUAUCUAUCUAUCUAUCUAUAUAUAUAUAUAUAUAUAUAUAUAUAUAUAUAUAUAUGAAUUUGUUCUCGUCUUAUGUUUAUAUCUAUCUAUCUAUCUAUCUAUCUAUCUAUCUAUCUAUCUAUCUAAACACAAUCAUACUUAUUCAUAUUAGCCUCAUCAUACCUACUUAUCUCAAUCUGUUCGUAUCUAUCUAUCUAUCUAUCUAUCUAUCUAUCUAUCUAUCUAUCUAUCUAUCUCAGUACAUCAUAUCUCUCUAUCUCAGUCUCUACAGAUCUAUCUAUCUAUCUAUCUAUCUAUCUAUCUAUCUAUCUAUCUAUCUAUCUAUCUCAGUCUGUUUUGAUGUUCUUGUUGAUUUUUAUAUCCACGCUGUCAAUAUCUAUCUAUCUAUCUAUCUAUCUAUCUAUCUGGGCUGUCUAUCUAAACACAAUCAUACUUAUUCAUAUGAGCCUCAUCAUACCUACUUAUCUCAAUCUGUUCUGAUCUAUCUAUCUAUCUAUCUAUCUAUCUAUCUAUCUAUCUAUCUAUCUAUCUAUCUAACCUCAUCAUACCUACGUAUCUCAAACUGUUCUGAUCUAUCUAUCUAUCUAUCUAUCUAUCUAUCUAUCUAUCUAUCUAUCUAUCUACCCUCAUCACACCUACCGAUCUCAAUCUGUUCUCAUCUAUCUAUCUAUCUAUCUAUCUAUCUAUCUAUCUAUCUCAAUUCAGACCUAUCUAAAGGCAAUAAGAUUUAUCCAUAUGAGCCUCAUCAUACCUAUCUAUCUCAGUCUGUUCUGAUCUAUCUAUCUAUCUAUCUAUCUAUCUAUCUAUCUAUCUAUCUAUCUAUCUAUACGGCAAUCUAUCUAUCUAUUAUCUAUCUGAAGCCAUUUAUACCUAUAUUUCUAUUUCUAUAUAUAUUUAAAGACUUACCGGGAACAGUACAGAUAUUUUUCCAUUCUUCCUUUCUUUCCUGUCACUCAUAA